AUGCAUGAAAAUGGAGACUCCUGCACGAACACAAUCACCGAACAGCUACAGAGACGUUAUACAAAGGAGCAGAUCUACACCUACGUUGGAGACAUCCUUAUAGCGGUGAAUCCAUUCCAGAAAGCAGAGCUGUACACGCCGGAGAAUUCUAAGAUUUACGUUGGAGCCAAAAGAACGUCCAACCCUCCUCAUAUUUAUGCAGUUGCAGACAUCGCAUAUCAGUCCAUGGUCUCCUAUAAUACUGAUCAGGAGCUCGGGAGCGUUUACAGUACCUUAGCUGGGAUCCUAAAUGCAGGUGAUGUUGAGUUCACAUCAGUGGCUUCGGAACAUCAGACGGACAAAAGCAACAUUUCCAACAUGGCAGUACUAGAGAGUGCUGCAUCGCUGCUGUGUAUCCGUGCGGAUGAGCUCCAGGAAGCGCUGACCUCUCACUGUGUGGUCACACGGGGCGAAACCAUCGUCAGGUCAAACACAGUGGAGAAGGCCAUUGAGGUACGGGACGCCAUGGGCAAAGCCCUCUACGGACGCCUGUUCAGCUGGAUCGUCAACCGCAUCAACUCUCUCCUGAAACCAGACAGCCUGUCAGGGGAGGAAGACAAAGGUCUAAACAUCGGUAUUCUGGACAUCUUUGGCUUUGAAAACUUUAAGAGGAACUCUUUUGAGCAGCUCUGCAUCAACAUUGCCAAUGAGCAGAUCCAGUUCUACUUCAACCAGCACGUCUUCGCCUGGGAACAGGAUGAGUAUCUUAACGAAGACGUAGACGCUCGAGUGAUUGAAUAUGAAGACAACCGGCCGCUGCUGGACCUGUUCCUUCAGAAGCCCAUGGGCAUGUUAGCACUACUGGACGAGGAGAGUCGCUUUCCUCAGGCUACUGACCAGACCCUCGUCGAGAAAUUUGAGGUCAACUUAAAAUCCAAAAACUUCUGGAGACCAAAGAGGGUUGAUCUGGGCUUUGGAAUCCAUCACUACGCAGGCAAGGUGAUCUAUAAUGCCAGUGGUUUUCUGGCUAAGAACAGAGAUGCUCUGCCUGCUGACAUUGUUCUUCUGCUGAGGUCUUCAGAGAAUGAACUGAUCCGUAAACUGGUUACUCACCCGCUCACUAAAACAGGUAACUUGGCUCACACUAAGGGCAAGGCUGCUGGCUCUGCUCGUAUGGGCACACAACAAUCACAGCGCACCAUUAACUUUGCCAAGUUGGAAGGUCUUAUGUUGUUCAGUACUGUAUCAUUCACUGAGUCUUCCUCCCGGAAAUUAACUCCCACCCAUGACAAAACAAUGCUUGCCUUGCCUGUUGACACUGUACAAACGGCGGAGAGCACGGGAGACAUCACACAUCACCCAAGAGAGACCACCAACAUGAAGACUCAAACUGUAGCCUCUUACUUCAGAUAUUCUCUAAUGGAUCUGUUAUCAAAGAUGGUGGCAGGCCAGCCUCAAUUUGUGCGUUGCAUAAAACCCAACAAUGAUCGUCAAGCCCACAAGUUCGACAGGGAGAAGGUUCUGAUUCAACUACGCUACACUGGUAUUCUAGAGACAGCUAAGAUACGCAGACAGGGCUACUCUCAUCGCAUUCUCUUCAAUAACUUCAUUGAGAGGUACUCUAUAUUAGCAUUUAGAGCCAAUGAGGAGCCACCAAUGAAUCCAGAGACAUGUGCUGUUAUUUUGGAGAAGGUCAAACUAGAGAACUGGGCUCUGGGCAAAACAAAGGUCUUUCUUAAGUACUAUCACGCAGAGCAGCUGAAUCUGAUGGUGAGGCAGACCACAGACCGGAUUGUUCUAGUCCAAGCAUAUGUACGAGGCUUGCUGGCAUUCAGACGAUACCGUUUGAUGCUGGAAAAGAGAGAACAAAGUGCUGUGGUGUUGCAGUCAGUGUGCAGAGGAUAUCUGGCAAGGCAGAAAUACAAGGAGUUACUAGAUGAGAAGAUCAAAGCUGCUGCAAAGAUCCAGGCCCAUUACAGGGGACACAAAGAGAGGAAAAGCUUCAAGAGGAAAAAGGAAUCCAUGCAGAAGGAAAAAGCUGAGAAGACGGAAGAAGUGGCGGAGGCCCCAUCAGAAUCAGAAGGUCCAGUUUCAGAGGAACCUCCACAGGAAGGAGGUGCAGUGGUAAUGGAUGAUGCUGAUGAAAACGCCGCUGUGGUCCUCCAGAGCAACUACCGAGGUUACAGAGAAAGGAAGAAAUACAAGGAGCGUCGGGAACGGAAUAAGACCUUGACCGGGGAAGAGCUGGCCGUUUCCUCAUCCACCCCUGAAGAAGCCACUUCUGGAGAAAAUUGGGAUGUUAUACAAGAGGAAGUACAGGAGAAUAUAGAGGAAGAAGGGAAGGAGGCUGAGGAAGAGGCAGCGAGUGGAGGAGAUGAGAACAAUGAACAGGAAACCAAGGCAGCCACUGUUAUCCAGAGCAACUUCAGAGGUCAUGAAGAACGUAAAAGACUCCAAGAGGAGGGGAAGAUGCCGGUUAGAGGGAAGGAGACAAAGAGUCCUCCAGUUGAUGAGGAGCUUCCUAUUCCAGAUCCACCACCUCCAGAAAAACUGAUGGAAUUCACUGAGGAAAUGGAACAGGAAGAUGAGACUCCAGCUCAACCACCAGGAGAAGAUGAAGAAGCCAAAGCCGCUGUGGUUCUUCAGAGCAACUUCCGUGGCCACAAAGAGCGUAGAAGACUCCAGGAGGAAGGCAAAAUCCCCAAGAAAAAGACAAAUGAAGAAAUGGCUAAUCCAGAUGCUUCAGAACUAGACAUUUCUCUUGAGGAACUUCCACCACCUCCAUUAGAAUUCGAGCAAGACAGUCAGUCUCCAGGGACAGAUGAAGAACAUGCUGCAACUGUUUUACAGAGCAAUUUCAGAGGGCACCAGGAGAGAAAGAGAUUUAGAGCAGAGAGAGAAGGAGCCAUUGGAAAAGAACAAGAAAUGGCACAAGAGGCGGAGGAGCAGGAGAAUGAGGGAGCUCUGGACAUCACAGAUGUUCAGCUGGAACGGAAGGGGGUAGAAGAAGAGGAGGAUUCUCAGACUGAGGAAGCCCAAUAUGAUGAGGAGCAGGCAGCCAUUAAAAUGCAGAGCAAUUUUAGAGGUUACAAAGACAGAAAGAACCUGAAAGAAAAAUCACAAAAACAGGAUGAGGAAGUGGAAUCGCUCUUCAAACAGGUAACCAAUGCCUCUGAAGAUUACUUAUCACUGCAGAAGAAGUUAAAUGAAAUCAUCCUUGCCCAUCAGCUCAACCCCAGCAAAAAUGGAAUGUUUGUGAAAGGACAACCUAUGAAUGGCUACAUGGGCUGUUACCAGCCACCAGCCGACACAAAGCAGUCACGAACAUCUCGCCGCACACAACAGCCAAAGACCCUGAACACACCAGAGGACUCCACAUACUACACACUCAUUCACAGGUCUGUCCAGGACGAUAAAAGGAGGCCAAGAAAACAAAGCCCCAAAAGGUUGGACAAUGAUGACCAGUACUACCAGGGCUUGUCCAGCACUAAGUCCACAAGCCUGCCCAGUGACAGAUGCCGCUCAAGCAAACGGAGAUCAUCCACUGAAAGAACACGCUCUUCUGAGAGACCACUGUCUGAUGUCCCUAAAUCCGAUCUCCCUAAGAGCCCAACGGAGAAGAGGCACUCGUUCUCUAGAAUGCCCUCUACAGAGAGUCAAAGUGAGGACAACCCUUAUGACUACAGAAAGAUACUGAGGAAGACCUCCCAGAGACGAAGGCUUUUAACACAGCCCUAAUCAUCAAGCUUUACAACUUCUGUAAAUACUGUCGGUGACUGACGAGGUCAGCAAAAAACUGUUUGUCCUUAAAGGAAGAGUUCACCAAAAAAUUUCAUUUCUGGCAUCGUUUACUCACCGUUAUGUCAUUCCAAACCCAUAUGCAUUUCUUUCUUGUAUGAAACACAAAAGGAGAUUUUUUUAAUAAUGUACCACCCGCUCUUUUCCAUGGAGUUACAAUAAUCUGAGGCUUUUAAUCGUCAAGAAGAGCACAAAGUGAUGAUCGAUUCAUCAAAGAAUCAUUCUUUUGAGUCAGGUCUGAAUUAGUUAAGAUGAUUCUUUCACAAAUCGGACUCAACUCAGUGAUCCAGUACAGCUCACUGGAGGUUAAGAUAGUUUUUUGGUUUUUUUUGUUUUGGGGGGGGGGAGCUGUUUCUUUAUGUAAUGCAUCAUGUUUUCAAUCCAUUUUGGUUUGGCUUCCCAAAGAACCUCUGCAUUAUUUCAGAAAGCGCUGACUUUAGUUUAAGUAGUUAUGUAAAUAAUGACUACUUAAUGCAUUUUGCUGUACAGAAUGUAAUGCUAAUUGACUAAUCAGAGACUUAAAUUGAUAGAAAUUAUGUUUUUAUGGAUGGCGCCAAAGAGCUGAUGGUGACAGGACUUUUGUGCUGCCCUUGUUUGAUUUUUAACUCAGGUUUAGCAGUUGAUGUUUGCUGGGCGUUGAUGCAUUCUGUGCAAGUCUCUCUGUGAAUAAAGAUUUGUCUUUAAAUACAUUCAUAUAUUGACCUUUAUAUUUGCACCAAUUAGGUUAUAUUUGAAUUGUUUCUGCAUAAACAAUAACAUGUGCAUUAUAAAAAUGCCCCACUUGUAUC